UUCUCAUUACACCUCUUUUUCCCGGAGUCAUUUUCCGAACCGACAAGGAUUUCUCGUUAAACAUUUUUCUAGGGUUAGGGUUUCCGAUCAUUUGCAACCAACCCUGAUUUGUUUGAUUUCAGAUUCUGCAAGUUGUGACGAAGAAGAAGGGGAAGGCUCCUCAGGGAUAGAUUGAGAAUGGGUGCGGAGGGAGAUUCGAGCGAGCCGCAGACCGUCGUCGAUGGCGGUGGUGGAGGAGGAAUAGAGAUGGUGGCUGUGAACAUCAGAUGCUCGAAUGGCUCCAAGUUUACUCUGAGGACGAGCCUCGAUUCGACGGUUGGGUCUUUCAAGGCCCUUGUGGCACAGAACUCUGAUGUCCCGGCGGAUCAGCAGCGAUUGAUUUACAAGGGUCGGAUUCUCAAGGAUGAUCAGUCGCUCCUCAGCUAUGGUUUGCAGGCUGAUCACACUGUUCACAUGGUUCGAGGCUCUGCCCCGUCUUCGGCAUCUCCUGCUGCUCCUGCUGCAAAUCCUGGAAGCCCAACCACUACACCUGCUGUUUCCCGAGGCGUCGGUUCAAACGGUAGUCCAAAUCUUGGAGGAGCAGGUCUUGGGUCAUCUUUGUUCCCUGGCCUCGGAUUUAAUCCAUUAGGUGGUGGAAAUGCUACACCUGGUUUAUUUGGAGCUGGUCUUCCAGAUUUUGAGCAAGCUCAGCGAGAGAUAGCUCAGAACCCGAGUAUGAUUAGAGAUAUGAUGAAUACACCUGCAAUCCAGAACCUAUUGGACAACCCGGAACUUAUGAGGACCUUGAUUAUGGGUAAUCCUCAAAUGCGUGAGCUUGUAGAUCGCAAUCCAGAGCUUGGCCAUGUACUUAAUGACCCAAGCAUCCUCCGGCAGACCUUUGAAGCUGCAAGAAAUCCUGAGCUUAUGCGUGAGAUGAUGCGGAACACUGAUAGAGCAAUGAGUAAUAUUGAGUCUACUCCUGAGGGAUUUAACAUGCUUAGGCGUAUGUAUGAAAAUGUCCAGGAACCAUUCUUGAAUGCUACAACAAUGUCAGGAAAUGCUGAUAGCAAUUUGGGUUCUAACCCAUUUGCUGCUCUGCUGGGAAAUCAGGGUGCUACACAAGGUAGAGAUGCUUCUAACAAUCCUUCCACAGCCAAUACUGAAACGGGUACAGGGAAUAGUGUCCCAAAUUCAAAUCCGCUUCCUAAUCCUUGGAGCGCUACUGGUGGCCAGACUACUGGCCCUGGCAGGACAAACUCUGCUGGGGAUGCGAGAGCCCCUGGCCUUGGUGGUCUUGGUGGACUUGGUCUGCUAGGGAUGGAUCCAGCUCUUGGUGCUACUCCAGAUGCUUCUCAACUGAACCAGUUAUUGCAAAAUCCAGCCAUAUCGCAGAUGAUGCAAAGCUUACUUUCGAAUCCUCAAUACAUGAAUCAGAUCAUCAAUCUCAACCCACAACUCCGAAGCAUGCUUGAUAUGAAUCCUCAAAUGAGAGAAAUGAUGCAAAAUCCAGAGUUCCUUCGUCAGCUUACCUCCCCAGAGACAAUGCAGCAAAUGAUGGCUCUUCAGCAGUCACUUUUCUCCCAGCUUAAUAGGAAUACGACUAGCCAGGAUUCGGGGCAAACCGGUGCUACAACAGGCGGCGGUGGUAAUAACGCAGGGCUAGAUAUGUUGAUGAAUAUGUUUGGCAGUCUUGGUACCGACAACCUGAGUGGUACGAAUCAGCCCAACGUUCCACCGGAAGAGCUAUACGCAACGCAAUUGCAACAGCUGCAAGAGAUGGGCUUCUUUGACAGAGAAGAGAACAUCAGGGCAUUGCGUGCUACCAAUGGCAAUGUCCACGCCGCCGUAGAGCGUCUCCUUGGAAAUCUCGCUCAGUAGAUGUAAGUGUGUUCCUGAAAGAAAAAAAAAAGAGAAAUCGGUAUCAUGGAAUCUGCAUCUUUGUCUCUAGAGACGAACGAACGAACGAAUGAAUUCAGUCCGUGAAAUCUGAUAUAUGGUCAUAUGGUUAAAUAUAUACAUAUAAUGCGGCGUGAAGUUGUGGAUACCCAUCAAGCUUGUUGAGCCUCACAUGAUUUGCUUUCGGCUGGCUGCCCUCUUCUCCGUUUUCUUAGUUUUUCUUCCUCGCGUUGUCUUUUGUUGAACCGGUCACUGUACACUUGGACAUAUCCACUUUCGAUUUUUACCCUUAUCAUGUGUUUAAAGAUUGGAGUUUCAUAAUGCAAUGCAAUUUUUCAUGCA